AAGAGUUUGAACUCCACUUCUUCAAACCCCUCGCUCAAAAUCUGUCGGCCUCGCCCAGUCGCCCUUUGUCUGCCGGUAACUGCUCUUCAUCACCGCCCUGUGGCCUGCUCUCCGUCACCGCCACUGGCCACUGCGCCACCGGCCGAUUCCCUGCUGACUCCUGGUUCACACGGCGGUUUUGUUUUUCCAAACUGCUAAAGCUGAAAUUGAAGGCUUCUGAAAUUGAGGUUUACUGUUUGAAAAUGAGUUGCUGGGGAUUGAGUUGGGCGUGUACUGGGCAGUGAGUUGCUUGGUGUUGGGGAUUAUGUUGUUGGGACUGAGUUUCUGGCUGAGGAAAGUUGAGCCACUUGAGUUGGGGAUUGAGUUGCUGGCUGAGGAUUGAGUUGCUUGAUGAAAGAUGAAGGUGAAGAAGCAAAAGCGACAUCGCAGAGCUGUGAGAUUUUACACAGCUUGCUUCGGUUUUAGAGAGCCCUUUAAAGUUCUUUGUGAUGGAACUUUUGUAUACCAUCUUUUGGCGAAUGGCAUCAUUCCAGCUGAUACUGCUCUAGCUAAUAUCCUUGGUGCCACAGUUAAAAUCUUCACUACCAGAUGUGUUCUUGCAGAGUUGAAAAGUCUUGGUGAAUCGUAUUCUGAAUCCCUUAAUGCCGCCAGUAAUCUUAUAACUGCAAGAUGUGACCAUGACAAGAGAAUGAGUGCAGUGGCAUGCAUAACUGAAGUUAUUGGACAAAAGAAUACUGAACAUUUCUUUGUUGCAACUCAGGAUGCUGAGUUAAGGAAGAAGUUGCAAGAGAUCCCUGGGGUGCCUGUAAUAUAUGCUCUUAGAAAUUCUCUCUUUCUUGAGCGACCAUCAGGAUUUCAACACCAUUUUGCCAAGGCUGCUGAAGAAGACCGAUCACAUAUGAAUGAGUGGGAGUAUAAAAUAUUGAAGAAAAAGAAGAAAGCAGCAAUUGAAGAAGCUGCGGAUGCUUCUGAUGCAAAUGAAAGCAAUGAGUAUCAUAUGUUAGAUAGGCAGGUUGUCAAGGCAAACAUUAAAAGAGAGAGAACAAAUGUGAAGGAUCAGGUUCAGUUCAAGCGAAAGAAAGCAAAGGGUCCGAACCCUCUAUCAUGCAAGAAGAAGAAGACAGAUGGGAACAAAAAUGCUUCUUCAGUAAAGGAUAGAAAGGUUGUUGAUAACACUACGAGAAACAGGAGUAGAAAACGCAAGAGGUCAAGGAAAAGCAAAAAUGUCAAUGAGGCAACUGUUUAAUGGCAUUUGGCACCACUCGUUCGUGGUAUUUCUGAUUUUUCCUGUUGUUGGCGGCUAUUAAGUCCAAAAUUUAAGGACACAUGGUAAGGCUGCAUUAAUACGAGUAAAAAAUUCUCUUGUAUUACAUACUUGAGGGAUACUUCGGCAUACAUGUAUACACCAGUACAUUAGUUGCUUUACGUUGUGAAGUCAAUUGUUUUUGUGACUGACCCUCUGCAUUCUUCUGCUAAUGCCGUUGUUGGAUCUUCUUGUUAAUCUACAUGCCUGAUAAUAUAUUCAGCUCGAUGUC